AUUAAAUAAAAAUGAUGAACUUACUAGUGAAGAUGUAGAUGAAAACUUGGAAGUAGAUGAUUGUGACAAAGAAGAUGAUGUAAUUAUUGAUCCCAAUAACUUGAAUGAAAUUUCAUAUGAAAUACAAGUAGCCAUUGACAAU